AUGCAAUGCGUCCUGUUAGGCCAUUGGCGAGAGUCCACUGUCCCGGAUGACAGCAAAAAGCAUGCAGUCACGGGGUUUGUUGACGAGCAGAACACACUCCAAAUGUACAUUCAACCGUACACAAAGGAAGGAGAGCCGCUGGCCCAAGAUUACGGGCUACCAGCCAGGCAUUCUGAACGGUGGGUGACGUUUGACCGCGUGGAAUUCUCCCAUCACCUUGUCGGAUUGAAUCCUUUAGAAGUAAAGGAAUAUACGCGCAUUCGAUCCAAUAUACCCGCAGAGGAAUCCAAGGAGGAACGAAUUGCCGCCGAAGCGGCUGCUGUUGCGGAUGCCACCCAUCGGGCACAGAUUAAAACCCCCCUCCAUCCAGCACAGCCCGCCUUCAAUGAAGGGAGAACGAGUAACGGCUUCAAACCGAUUCUGCCCGCACUGCCUAAGAUUCAAUAUCAGGUCACUCCUUCGCCACAGAAGUCAAUACCGACGUCUAAAACUCAACUCCAUUCUCGUCCUUUACCCUGCGCUCGUCCGACUCGCAUUCCUGUGGGCUGCUGGAAGCCACCGGGCGAAAACAACCACGAUGGUUGCCAUGAAGUUUAUGGCAUUCUUGGACAAAAUGACUCAUUUCGAUAUAUGGUUGUACAAGAAAUAAGAGACAGGAGGUUUGAAAAUAGUAACGUCCUGUCUGGCGCAAGUGCUAUAUGGAUAUCGUUUGAAGAAGUUGAAUUUCUGCCACAUCUCAAAGUCCUUAAUCAUCAGGAAGUCAAAGAGUUCUGUCGCAUCCGACAGAAUCAAGUGGAUCACGGUGAGAACCCUAGAGAAAGUACCAACAAUGAGGCAAAUGCUGUACGUGAAGCACAGCUCCGCGUGAGCGAUAUGUCCAACAGACAACGACAGAACUCCAACGCCAUGUUAACCGCGCGAUCUCGAGACGGGAUAGUGGAUCUUACGAACAAGGAGCCAGAUUGCGGAAACCAUCUCCCACCAACCAACCGAGAUACGUCACGGCCGCUUCCCAACCGGCGGACCGAGAAUGAUCUUCGAGCAAGUGGAAGUUGCAGUACUAAGACGGCGGUUCAAACCAAAUCCCAACCCUCGCAGGUUGGGCAGGAACCUGUUCGAGCCGAGACAACCCUAGAUCAGCCUGAGAGCUUUGCCGUCCACAAAGAACAAAUUCCGGCGUCAAUUGACCACGGACCCGGAAAACGUGCUCCUCUGGACGAGACAUCUUCACAAUCAUCGGAGCAUCCGCAGCGCUCAGAUAAGCGUCAACGGACUCUUUCCACAGAAGAAGAAUGCAGAGAGUAUGUUCAGCUGACUGGUGGGAUGAAGUACCACCGUAAGACGGCAGGUCCUUUUGCAGGAAAGUUCGUGUCACAAGGAGCUAUUUUUAACAUGAACGGCGAUGAUUACAUUGAAUAUCGCGUUCUUGCCAAGGUAUCAUUUCUUUAA